AUGGGAGACGUAAACGCCCACAGCGACUCGUGGGAUCACCACCAGCGUCCCUCACAUCUUGGCCUCCAGAUCGAGGAGUGGACCACGGACUCUGGCUUGCUGAUUCUCAACGACGGCUCUCACACCCGCGUCAACCCAGCCACGGGCGGACUCUCCACUCCCGACAUCACUCUGGCCACCGCUGAUGUCGGAGCGACGGCGGAGUGGAGCACUCAACCGAACCUCGGGUCCGACCACCUUCCGAUCAGGACCACCCUGACCGCCGACCUGCCGCCGACCCGCCGAGGCAGGGGGAAGUUCUCCUUCCGUAAAGCAGAUUGGACGGGAUUCAGGGAGUCCCUGGAAAAGAAGAUGUCUGAGAUCAACGUGGACACCCCCAUCAACCAGCUCAACCAACAAAUCACGAAAGCCAUCACGUCGAGUGCACGGAAACACAUACCGUUUGGUAACGGCAGAAGCGCGAAGGGCCCCUUCUGGAGCGAUAAAUGCGAAGAGGCAGUGAAGGCGAGAGAUGCAGCCCUCCGGACGGCCACGCAACCAUCCCGCACCAGGGCCGACAUGGAGGCAUACCAGCAGGCGCGAGCCGAAGCCGACAAGGUGAUCACCGCCGAGAAGAGAGCCCACCUGGACGAGACGCUGAAAAACCUCAGACCGGACGCUGACCUGAGAGAGCUACAGAACGCCAUAGGCAAGCUGAAGCUCGGCAGCGCUCCCGGCCAGGACGAGGUGUCCAACGAGAUGCUGAGACAACUGGGCCCGACGGCGGAGAGGAUGCUACUCCACCUCCUGAACACGUCAUGGCGCUCCGGCGAAACCCCAGCAGCCUGGAGGCGAGCCACUAUCGUACCAAUCCUCAAGAAGGGGAAGCCCGCCAGCGCCCCCGGUAGCUACCGGCCCGUCUCCCUGCUCUCCUGCAUCGGGAAACUCGCGGAGCGACUGGCCCAACGGCGACUCCAAGCUUGGCUGGAAGCCCACCACAAGAUGGACCCUAACCAAGCCGGCUUCCGCAAGGGGCACAACACUAACGACCAACUGAUCAAGAUGACUCAAAGCAUCUUCGACGGCUUCGAGGCCAAGAGCCCCAACCGAUCCGCCCUGGUGCUGCUGGACUUCCAGCGUGCCUAUGACCGCGUGUGGCACGCAGGACUGGCCGCCAAGCUGGCCCGUCUGGGUACGCCCGCUUGUGUAACCAGGUGGAUCAUGGCCACACUCCGCGACAGACGGGGACGGGUGCGGUGGGAGACAUCCUUCUCGGACAGCCGCCUGUUCCCCCAGGGUCUGGCCCAGGGCUCCGUGCUGGCCCCCCUGCUCUGGAAAUUUUGA